UGGAAUUUUACAGAUUUAUUUAUCAUAAUGGUAGCAACAGAACUUGCAGAAAAGUUUAAAUAUCUAAACAGAGCCACGAAGCAUUCAAAAAUAUGGGAAAAUCAUGAAGAAUAUUGGCAUCAACUCAGAUUAAAUUACAGCAACUUGAGUAAACUUGUCAAAGAAACAGACAAGCUGAUUUCACCAUUGAUUCUUAUUUUCUGUAUUCAGUAUUCUGUUUUUAUUUGUAGCUCACUCACUUAUGGAAUCACACUUGGUAAUUCUUCAAACUUUGAAUCAGCUUACUCUAGCUAUGUCAUUGGCCUCUUAAUUUUCAAGAUGACUGUAGUUUUUUUUUCGAUGGCAAGAUUACAUGAUCACAGCAAAGUCAUCUUGCCAAUUAUUCAUGAUUGUCCAACAUCAAAAUUUACUCUUGAGGCUCAACGAUUACAGUAUCAAAUAACAAACGAUGAUAUUGCACUAACUGGAAUGAAUUUUUUUUCUAUUCGACGAGAUUUUAUGCUAACGGUAAAUAUAAUAAAUUAAUUGUAAAUUUUUUAAAAACAUAUUUGUCAUUUCAGGUAGCUGGUUCUAUUGUUACAUAUGAAAUUAUUUUUCUUCGUUUUAAGAGUGAUGAAUAGUUUAAUUUAUUCAUCAAUAAAUUUGUCACCCACGUGUGCAUGAAUUUAAUUUUAAUAAUGCGUCAUUAAACAUUUACAUUUGAAGAUUAUAAAAAAGAACAAAUGAAUUAGAAAAAAUUGAUUAUUGAAUCAAUAAAAAUUUGUUUGUUUGAGGUCAUUAAUUUUAUUAAAUAUUAACGUUUUAAUGAAAUUAAUAUACACUUUGUUUUAGUGUAUUAAUAAUUAUGUUUAUUUAUUACUGGCGUUUAAGUGUGAGAAAAUUUAGCGUGGAUAAAUAAUAACCACUUAAACACAUUAUUCUUGAUAAAAAUACUUUAGACAAAGUGGAAAUUUUAGCCCUCGUUCGAAAUA